CAAUCCAACCUUCAGACCGCUUCAGCACGCAAAGCACAAAGCAAGCAACCUCACUCAAAGUCGCAUUUACCUCCAACCAAAAAAAUCAUGCUGUUCGGUAGCAAGAAGAAGAGCACAACUGCUCCGGUUGAAAACUCUGGCGUAACCGUCAUGAAAUUACGAGACAACAUUGCCAACCAAGAGAAGCGUGAAGCACACUUGAUGGCCAGAAUGGAACAGCUGACCAUUGAAGCCAAGCAGAAGAAGGCCAAGGGCGACAAACGAGGCGCUCUCUUUGCCAUGAAGAAGCGAAAACUUCACGAAAAUGAGCUGGCAAAGAUUGAAAAUGUCAAGAUGACACUGGAAACACAGGCCAUCAGCUUGGAGGGAGCCACUCAGAACAUUUCUACAUUUGACGCCAUGAAGACUGGAAACAGCGCCAUGAAGUCCAUCCGAAAGAUGUUUGGAGUGGAGAAGGUCGACCAACUAUUGGACGACACCAAGGACGAAAUGGAACUCCAACAAGAAGUGAACAUGGCUCUCACGCAACCCCUCGACCCGUACCUUGCAGACGACGAAGAUUUGCUGGCAGAGCUACAAGCCCUGGAAGCGGAAGAUUCCAAAGCGACCAUGUGGCCAGUGGCCCCUUCUCGUCCUGUCAAGACGCCUACCAAACAAGGGGCUCCUGAGCCCAAGAAGUCCAAAUCCAAGUUUGCUCUGUUCGCGUGAGGUAGCUUGUAGAACGAUUUCUUAGAUGACACACUCGUGGCUGAUAACAUAGAAAAUGUAAAGUAAUGGAUUGAGUUUGCACUG